AUGGCUCUCAGCGAUGCUGACGUACAAAAACAGAUUAAGCAUAUGAUGGCUUUCAUUGAACAAGAGGCCAAUGAAAAAGCUGAAGAAAUAGAUGCGAAAGCCGAGGAAGAGUUUAACAUUGAAAAGGGUCGUCUUGUCCAGCAACAGCGGCUUAAGAUUAUGGAGUACUACGAGAAGAAGGAAAAACAAGUUGAGCUCCAAAAGAAAAUUCAAUCGUCUAACAUGCUCAACCAAGCGAGACUUAAAGUUUUAAAAGUACGAGAGGAUCACCUGAUGGAACAAAAUGUCACGCUUCGUGUCCGUCAAAUGGACGUUUCACUUGUCGAAUCAUUUAUCGACGAAGUCCAAGAAAUUUACAAAAAUAUCUCCAAGAAGGAGGUUGUUAUUAAAGUAGACCAGGACAACUUCUUGCCAGCUGAGAGCUGCGGUGGAGUUGACUUGAUUGCUGCCAGAGGCCGUAUCAAGAUUGUCAACACCAUGGAGGCACGGUUAGAAUUGAUUGCCCAGCAAUUGGUCCCAGAAAUACGGUCAGCCUUGUUCGGGCGCAAUCCAAACCGCAAGUUCACUGAUUAA